GUGCUUCAGAGCAUGGAGAGCUUCCUUCAUGAACUCUAUUAGAGACCUUAACCUGUCAGCUAGCGAGCAGCUGGACCUACUGGUUAAAUGGUUAGGCAAAGACUCGGCUGAACAUGCUAGGCGCAUAAGAACUGUGUAUGUGAAUUAUCCAGAGUCUGGGCUUAAGGCUGUAUGGAAUCGCCUAUAUGAGUAUUACGGCGCACCAGAGGUGAUUGAGAGCGCUCUGCUCAAAAGAUUAGAGGACUUUCCCAAAAUACAGAACAAAGAUGGGCGAAAACUCAGAGAACUGAGCGACCUACUGAUGGAGAUACAGGCCGCCAAAGCUGAUGGGGAACUGUUUGGCCUUAGCUAUCUAGACACGCCCCGUGGAGUUAGCCCAAUUGUGCAGAAACUGCCAUUUUACUUGCAAGAAAGGUGGCUCACACAAGGUUUCAACUACAAGGAGCAAGUCAGGGCCCCCUAUCCCCCAUUUAGCUUCUUUGCCCACUUUGUGUGUCAGCAGGCGAAGAUGCGCAACGACCCCAGCUUCAUGCUGGCUGCCCCCAACAAUGAACAGCCAGGCCAUGGCAAGCCUGCACCUAAGUUGGAGACUAAGAGAGCAGUAGCCGUUCUCAAGACUGCAGUGAACCCCAGUGACACUCUCACAUCCUUUUUUGAGUCGCCCACUACAGACAAGCCUGCCAGUAGAGUGGACCCAGCCAAACAUUGCCUGCUGCACAACAAGCCCCACCCGCUACACAAGUGCCGCGGGUUCAGAGACAAGCCUAUAGAGGAGAGAAAGGCACUCUUGAAAAAAUAUGGAGUGUGCUACAAAUGCUGCAAGGCCAUACACUUGGCAAAGAACUGUAAAGACGAGGCGAGCUGCACAGAGUGUGGAAGCAGCAUGCAUAUCGCAGCGCUGCACCCUGGGCCAGCUCCGAAAGCCAACAGCCCUGCGGACCCUGCACCGGAGAAUGGCGGGGAGACCACCGUCUCAACUUCGUGCACCAAGGUAUGUGGGGAAGGCGUCCCAGGGCGCUCCUGUUCGAAAAUAUGCCUAGUGAAGGUAUACUCUGCCACUCGCCCAGAUGCCGCAGUCCGCAUGUAUGCCAUAUUGGAUGAACAAAGUAACCGUUCGCUGGUGCGGUCUGAGUUCUUCACUGUUUUCAAUGUCUCAGGGCAUCCCUCUCCGUACUCCCUGAAAACAUGUGCAGGAACAAUAGAGACUGAAGGCAGACAAGCACGCGACUUUGUCGUAGAACCACUAGAUGGCAGCGUGGCUCUCCCACUGCCACCACUGAUCGAAUGUAAUGAAAUCCCAAACAAUCGCACAGAGAUUCCCACACCGGAGGUAGCCUCCAGCCACGAUCACUUGAAACACCUGUCGAAACACAUCCCAAACCUCGAUCCACAGGCACACAUCUUGCUCCUAUUAGGCAGAGAUGUAAUCAGAGCCCAUAAGGUUCGAAGACAAGUAAACGGCCCACAUAACGCACCCUACGCCCAAAAGCUGGACCUGGGCUGGGUGAUCGUGGGUGACGUGUGCAUAGGAGACAUGCACAAGCCCUCUCUUGUCCAUUCUUACUACACGAAUGUGCUGAGAAACGGGCGCCCCUCUCUCUUUCAGCCAUGCCCGAACAGCUACACGGUGAAGGAGAGAUACAGCGACACUGAACCCCCCUCACACUCCCUCCUGCACAGGAGCAGUCACGCUAGGGCCACGCAGAGCGCUUUAGACAGUGACGAGUUUCAAACAACCAAGGACGAUGAGGCCGAGGCACCCUCCAUAGAGGACUUGCAGUUCCUGAGCAUCAUGGACCAGGGAGUCUACAAGGACAAGGGAAACAGCUGGGUGGCCCCCCUGCCCUUCAGAGUGCAGCGACCGCAGCUGCCAGGCAAUCGUGCUCAAGCACAAGACCGCCUCAACUCACUUCAGCGCUCUUUCCAAAGAAAGCCUGAAAUGAAAGAACAAUUUGUCGCAUUCAUGGAGAAAAUACUACAGAAUGGACACGCUGAAUUGGCCCCCCCACCGAAACCUGGCGAGGAGCACUGGUACCUCCCGUGCUUCGGGGUUUAUCAUCCAAAAAAGCCCUCACAGAUAAGAGUAGUGUUCGACUCUAGUGCACAGCACAAAGGACUGUCUCUAAACCAAGUGCUCUUAACCGGACCAGACCUUAACAAUAGUCUCGUCGGUGUCCUUCUCCGUUUCAGGAAAGAACGAAUUGCCUUCUCCGUGGACAUACAGCAGAUGUUCCACUGUUUUAAGGUCAAGCCUGGGCAUCGAAAUUUCCUCAGGUUCCUCUGGUUCGCAGACAAUGACCCAGACAAAGAGAUUACAGAAUACCACAUGAACGUACAUGUGUUUGGAAACAGUCCCUCCCCUGCCGUGGCGAUUUACUGCCUCAGACGCGCAGCUCAGGAAGGCCAGAGCGAGUACGGGGAUGAUGCACAGCAGUUCGUAAGCAGAGACUUUUAUGUAGAUGACGGGCUGAAGUCCCUUCCUACAGCCGAUGAAGUGAUCAGUCUGCUCAAAAGAGCACAGAGAAUGCUGGCCUGCUCUAAUCUCAGACUACACAAGUUGGCCUCGAACAGCAAAGAGGUCAUGGAGGCCUUUCCAUGCGAGGACCGGGCCACAGAUCUAAAAGACCUCGAUCUGGCUGCUGAUGACCUACCAGUGCAGAGGAGCCUCGGGCUACACUGGGACCUGGAAUCAGACUGUUUCACUUACUGUGUGGAGGACGAGAGAAAGCCAUUCACCCGACGUGGAGUCCUCUCUACAGUGAACAGCCUGUACGACCCCCUUGGAUUUGUGUCUCCAGUGACAAUUCAAGGAAAGGCACUCCUACGCGAACUCGCCACCGACUCACCUGACUGGGACGCCCCACUGCCCACUGAAAAGGAGAAGCUGUGGGACGACUGGAGAGAUUCUCUCCAAGAACUACAAAGACUAAGAAUCCCCAGAGCCUACACUUGUGUGUCCAUGUCCACAGCCGAACGAGUGGAGCUUUGCGUCUUUUCGGACGCAUCCGAAAAGGCAGUCGCUGCAGUUGCAUACCUAAAAACUGUAGAGGCAGAUGGCCGAUGCCACACAGGACUGAUUUCAAGCAAGGUGAGACUCGCACCUCGCCCAGAACACACAAUACCCCGCUUAGAGCUAUGCGGAGCAGUCAUGGCAGUGAACCUGGCAGAAACCAUCAUGUCUGAAAUUGACAUCUCGUUUGAUGCAGUCACAUUUUAUACAGACAGCAGGAUUGUACUCGGCUACAUCUCAAAUGAGAAAAGGAGGUUCUACGUGUACAUCAGCAACCGAAUCCAGCGGAUCAGACGAAGCACCCUACCACAACAGUGGAGAUACGUGCACACAGAACACAAUCCUGCAGACAUUGCCACACGGUCAAUCCCUGCAGGCCGGCUGAAAGACACUAUGUGGUUCACUGGGCCAGCCUUUUUGUGUCAGCCUGACGACACGCCUGCUGAACAGACUUUUGAACUCUUAGACCCAGAACACGAUCCUGAAAUCAGGCCACAAGUGACCACACUCUCAACCACAGUGCUCCCUCACCUUGGCUCACAGCGCUUCAGCCGCUUCUCACGCUGGAGUUCGCUCACAAGAGCCAUUGGGGCACUAAUCCACAUCAUUCAGUGUUUCAAAAGAGACCGCAAUGAAGGACAGUGUCAGAAAUGGCAUCUUUGUGGCUCACCUGUGGCAGUGAAUGUUCUUAAUCAGAGUGCAGCGGUCAUCAUUAGGGCCGUACAACAGGAAGCCUUUGAGAAAGAACUGCAGUGUGUCACAUCUGGAGCGAACAUCCCAAAGAGCAGCCCACUCUGGUCCCUCGACCCCUUUCUUGAUCAAGAAGGCCUGCUGAGAGUGGGGGGACGUAUUGCUGCUGCUGACUUGGGGUCUGACGAAAAGAGACCUCUGAUCUUGCCUGGGCGCCACCAUGUAGCUACCCUCAUCGUGCGCCACUUUCACGAACAGGCACAUCAUCAGGGGCGCCAUUUCACUGAGGGCGCUAUCCGAUCUGCAGGCUACUGGAUACUGGGGGGCAAGAGGUGCAUCAACAGAGUGAUCUUCGAAUGCGUCGUCUGCCGCAAACUUAGAGGAAAAUGUCAAGUGCAAAAGAUGGCUGACCUGCCGCCAGACAGACUCAGCGCUGAACCGCCCUUCACCAACGUCGGGAUGGACGUAUUCGGGCCAUGGGCUGUCGCUGCACGGCGCACAAGGGGAGGAUACGCCGAAAGUAAGAGGUGGGCUGUUCUCUUCACUUGCUUAUCUGUCAGAGCCAUACACAUCGAAGUUAUCGAGUCCAUGGACUCGUCAAGCCUCAUUAAUGCACUCAGAAGGUUCCAGGCUAUCCGGGGCCCAGUAAAACAUUUGCGCUCUGACAGGGGGACAAAUUUCAUUGGGGCUUCCACAGACCUAGAAAUCCCCUCCAAUGCUGAUGAGAAAGCAGUAGAGAGAUUCCUCUCUGACCAGGGCACCACAUGGACUUUUAACCCCCCGCACUCCUCGCAUAUGGGAGGUGUUUGGGAAAGAAUGAUUGGUGUCACACGCCGCAUCUUAGAUUCCAUGCUCAUGCAAAUGGGAUCCGCCAAACUCACGCACGAGGUGCUCACGACCUUCUUAGCCGAGGUCACCGCAAUUGUGAACAAUCGUCCACUUGUACCUGUGUCCACCGACCCGACAGAUCCAUUCAUCCUCACACCCGCAUCACUGCUGACCCAGAAGGUAGGCCCUUGCCCACCUCCGCCUGGGAAUUUCGACCAGAAGGACUUAUACAAGCAACAGUGGCGCAGAGUCCAAAGCCUGUCUAACACGUUCUGGGACAGGUGGCGCAAGCAGUACUUGACUACACUGCAACCCCGCAAGAAGUGGUCAUCGGACCAGCCAAACCUCACAGAGGGAAGCGUAGUGCUGCUGAAGGACAUUCAAUGCAAGAGGAACGACUGGCCUCUCGCCAUCAUCACAGCCGUGUACCCCAGCAAAGAUGGACGGGUACGCAAGGUCCAGCUGAGAGUCGCCAAGAAGGACGGGACUAAACUUCUUCUUAGGCCUGUGCACGAACUGGUCUUCCUAAUCACUCCUGAUAAACAGUGAGCGACGUCUCAACCAUCGUCAUGUGACGUAUCCUUUACAAUACAAUGUGAUGUUGAAAGAAUGUUUAUGUAAAAAAGAAUAAGGAAUGCACUAUGUCGAUUGAAUGUAUAAAUUGUUUAAUGAGUUCAUUACGAUUUCAGGAAAGGACAUUUACAAAGAAAAAAAAAAAAGGAAUAAGAAGAGUGAAACCCCCUGGGUAUCAGGCGGGGAGUGUUCUGUUUAAUGCACUUCUACUGAUUUCUGAUGUGGAAUUCGAAGGUUUGAACUGAAGUUAUUGUGGUGUAUAUUGCCACCUUGUGGAACUGGCAGGUAUCGUUUAAGAGCAAUGUGCUGCGUGCUUGCGUCAUCAACGUGCGACUACGAGUGAACAGAGCGGGAUGCUCACCUUUCCUUGGCUACGUUAAGAAGACCGUGUUAAUUCUUGUUCUUUAAGUUUCAAAGAUAGCUUUGAAGGCAUCGUCGUUUUACCCUACUUCGAUGAACCAUAAAGAAGAAAAGAAAUCGGAAAACUUUGUCUGUGUGGUUUUUAUCGGAGAGGCGUUAUCUGGCUGUUAACUCUGGCAAGGCGCUGGGGCUGGACAGCACACCAUUAAUGUUCUUAAAGCAAAAAUUGCAUCCGACGUGCUCUUCCUUGGCAUAAACCCGUACUGCUGUUCACAGAUUGCUACCUCUCUUCUCAAUCUCGCCUCCAAUACCCUUUCCCAUAACUUCAUGGUGUGGCUCAUCAACCUCUCAGUGCAUGGUAUAUUU